UUUACAAACAUAGGACAUCUUUCUCGCUUGAACACUGUUUUGGUCCAUGUCAUUCUUUGGGCUGUGUGUGUCAUUGUUUCCGAGAUUCGGCGAACUAGAGUGGCACUAGGACCCUGAGUUGAAAGAAGUGCGCGAACGCUCGACCCGACCAAGAUGGCGCUCCAAAACAAGGACGAUGCUGACCCAAAGUUUUACAGCGAAGUAUUAAGCCCUUCUGAGCUGUUCUCGGCUCGUACCCGGAGCCACAAGAUCCCGGUCCGCGGUCAGAAAGACUUCUACCCAGAUGACUCUGAGGAGCAACGUUUGCGUCUGGAACAAAGCCUGAACGAACACUGGAGUCUGGUAUCGGAGGAACGAGUGGAAAGGCUCGGUAACCUGGUGAAGGCCGUGUGGAUUCCAGAUGACCAUAUUGUGGAGCUUCAGUCUCCAGCGGGGAAGUUCUGGCAAACGAUGGGAUUCUCCGCCAACGGCAAGCAGUACCUCUUCCCCGAAGAGGCGCUCUAUCUGAUGGAGUGUGGCAACGUGCAAGUGUUCUACCAAGACCUUCCACUCUCCAUCCAGGACGGCUUUGAAUGCUUUCUGUCUUCGAGUAGCGUGAGCCUGCAGCAGUAUCAGGUGUUUGGGCAUCUGAAGAGGCUCGGCUACGUGGUACACAGAUUCGAUGCCAGCUCGCAGCCAUCGUCCUACGCGAGGCAACUUAACUUGCCGCAGUCACGUGGCGCAAGGACGCUGAAGAGGAAGCGCAGCGACAGCGUUGUCCCAACUUGCAGCCACAGUGAAGCACACAAAGUGCCCGAUGUGAAGAGAAGGCAAGCAGAAGAAGAUCCAACCCUUCCCGAAUCUCAACCGACGUCCUCACAAGAUACUUUGGGAGCUCAAAGCCCCUCUGCAGAUUCAAACGGGGGCCGACCCUGGUGGAUAACACAUCCUGUUGCCAGCCAGGAGUCCCACGAACAUGCCCGUCGGCGCUCCUUGUGCUGGGACGGCAGCAUCGUGUUCCCCGACGUAGCCUCGCUGCGCGGGCACUCCAGUUGCUUGGCCUCUCCAGACCCCUCUCUGCUGCCCGGUGGUCUGACGGUGGGUGAGUGUGAUGUCAAACCGUGGAUGAGGAGAAUCAACCAGCGUGAGGUCAAGAUGAGUGCUAAGGACAGAGAGAGGGAGAGAAGGGAACACAGAAGGAAGUGGGAUGUCAACAGAGACGAAAAGGUGCGACAGUGCCGAAACUGGGCCGAGUAUCAUCAGCUUCUGGCGAGCCAGCAUAGGAGACACAGUGGACGACCGGAACACUUGUGGCAGAGGGAAGUCACUCCUUUACAUGACCACACCCAGCCCAUCUCCACAGGUGAACUGCUAGACAAAAUCAGCGUCAUCAAGUCCACACAUGUGCUCGAGGGAGCAUCCAGGUUGAAGGCCUCAGAGGAGUGGAGGAUUUGUUUCACUGUUUACCAACCUGACACGGUGGCGACCUUCAAGAAGAGUGACCCGGGUAAACCUUUUGCCCACAUGUGCGUUUGCAGCUUCACCGGGCCUGUUCCGGACUUGGCAGCCAUCAAGCAGCUUAGCUUCCAGAGUGGUGAUGUCCAGAUAGUCUUUGCCGUGGUGGACGCCGGUGACAUCUCCUUUUACACCUUCAAAGACUUUCAGCUGCCCACUGAUGUGUACCCAUAACACACCCUUUCACAUACAUUUUUAAAGGAAAUGCCCCCCCCCCCCCAAAAAAAAAGCUGCUUUGAACCAAAAUUGAGUUACUGUGUUUUUGUAGGCAUGUCUACUUGAGUCAAACUGCUUUUAGGGGCUGAAUUAAAAAAAUUUACUGACACUUUUGACUGAAAACUGCCCAUUUUGUGUCUUUUUUGACAUUGCAGCUUCCUGACGUUUUUGUGGGGCGAAUCAUGACUAACUUCUUUCUCAAAUUUCAUCAUGCCAAGACAAACUGUCUUUAGGGGCUGAAUUUUUGGAACUUUCUGCGAGGUGCAUCGAUUGUAAAAUGGCUGCUUCAAAGGAAAAUAGUCGACUUCUUGUCAGAGAUUAGGCUCGGACAAGUUGAACAAACAGACUGGACUGAGGAAGAAAUUGUCUUUCACUGCCGGCAGGAGGUACGAUUCUUUGAAGCUGUACUCACUUGUUUAUGCAAAUUACAGGUGACAUAAGAAAAACACUACCCUCUUUAUUGACAUACCGCGCCCCUCGGGUUGAAUUUACUUUGCUGGUCCCCCCCUCCCCUUAAUACGCCCCUCAGUGGACACCUGGAGGCCAACACACUUCCUGGUACAAGCACCAACAUCCAUAAUCAAGCUUUUCAUAAACUGGGACGUCUAACUUUGCUCAAGGACAUCUUAUCAUGCUGGAGCGUAUGCUGUCUGCUAGGAGUUGAAUCCAUUGUGUACAAGCUGUAUAAACACACGCGUUUGAGGUCAAUCAAGCAUAUAACAAAGUAAAACAUUUAAACAUGA